AUGGUCAGAGGAGUCGCCACUUUCUUUCCUGCUCUCUCCUUAGUGCACGUAAGUUCAUGACUUCAUAUAUAAAACCGUCCAAAAAGUGCCUCUAAAUUCGCAUUAAAUAUUAAUUAACUUCAAAAGCAGUCCAAAAACUUCACUCAAACCCAACUCAAUUACCUGCCAAAUUCUCAACCCCAGCAUCUUCUCAGCCUCAGAUACCCCCCUGUCUCUUCUUCUCUUUGUGGCCUUUAUAAAAUCUCUUCAUUUCAACUCCCCUUUCCUCUUUUUACAGAGCCCCGAUGUUCUUUACGGAAAAGACACAAAGAAAGUGAGAGGAAAAGCUUGGUUGAAAUUUCGCGGCUUCCAUCAUGGCUUCUUUGGUUCUUUUUCCGACGGCCUUCGUCACCGGGAACCGGUUGGAGACUGCUGGGUUGUUGUUGUCCUCUCGCUCUUCUGCGAACUCGGCUAGGAGUCACAGGUCCUUAUCGGUUCGCUCCUCUUUGGACGGGAAUGUUUCUGACAUGAGUGUGAAUGCUCCAAAGGGAUUGUUUCCACCUGAACCUGAACACUAUCGGGGCCCCAAGCUGAAAGUGGCGAUUAUUGGUGCUGGGCUGGCCGGCAUGUCAACUGCAGUUGAGCUUUUGGAUCAGGGUCAUGAGGUGGAUAUAUAUGAAUCAAGGCCUUUUAUUGGUGGAAAAGUAGGAUCCUUUGUUGAUAAACGUGGAAAUCACAUUGAAAUGGGACUGCACGUUUUCUUUGGUUGCUACAACAAUCUUUUUCGGUUGAUGAAAAAGGUUGGAGCAGAUCAAAAUCUACUUGUAAAGGAGCAUACUCACACUUUUGUCAACAAAGGGGGUGAAAUAGGCGAACUUGAUUUUCGGUUUCCAGUUGGGGCCCCAAUACAUGGGAUUCGUGCAUUUUUGGCUACAAAUCAGCUAAAUACUUAUGAUAAAGCUAGAAAUGCUGUAGCUCUUGCCUUAAGUCCAGUUGUCAAGGCUCUUGUUGAUCCAAAUGGUGCCAUGAAGGACAUUAGAGAUUUGGAUAGUAUUAGCUUCUCUGAUUGGUUCAUGUCCAAAGGUGGCACACGCAUGAGUAUACAGAGAAUGUGGGAUCCUGUGGCAUAUGCACUUGGAUUUAUAGAUUGUGAUAAUAUCAGUGCUCGUUGCAUGCUUACCAUAUUCUCAUUAUUUGCAACUAAGACAGAGGCUUCCUUAUUGCGCAUGCUUAAGGGUUCUCCAGAUGUUUACUUGAGUGGCCCAAUUCAGAAGUAUAUUACUGAUAGAGGGGGCAGGUUUCAUCUUAGGUGGGGAUGUAGAGAGAUACUUUACGACAAGUCUGCUUGCGGCGAAACAUAUGUCACGGGCUUGGCCAUUUCCAGGGCCACUAACAAGAAAGUCGUUCAGGCUGAUGCUUAUGUUGCAGCAUUGGAUGUCCCAGGAAUUAAGAGAUUACUUCCACAACAAUGGAGGGAAUCCCAAUUUUUCAAUAAUAUUUAUGAGCUAGUAGGAGUUCCUGUUGUCACAGUGCAACUCAGAUAUAACGGAUGGGUCACAGAAUUGCAGGAUCUAGAACGGUCAAGGCAACUGAAGAAGGCUGUGGGACUGGAUAACCUUCUUUACACACCAGAUGCAGAUUUUUCUUGCUUUGCCGAUUUAGCACUUGCCUCUCCAGAAGAUUACUACAUUGAGGGACAAGGUUCACUCCUCCAAUGCGUUCUGACACCAGGCGAUCCUUACAUGCCCUUAACAAAUGAUAAAAUCAUAGAAAGAGUGGCGAAACAGGUAUUAGAUUUAUUUCCAUCAGCCCAGGGGUUAGAAGUUAUUUGGUCAUCAGUUGUCAAAAUUGGGCAAUCUCUUUACCGGGAGGGCCCCGGUAAAGAUCCAUUCAGGCCUGACCAGAAGACGCCGAUAAAAAAUUUCUUCCUUGCGGGCUCGUAUACAAAACAGGACUACAUAGACAGCAUGGAAGGUGCUACUUUGUCCGGCAGACAAGCUUCUGCGUACAUAUGUGAUGCUGGGGAAGAGUUGGUAGGUAUCCGGAAAAAACUCGCCAUUGAUUCUCAUGAACAACUUGAAGAAGCAGCCAAUACUACUGAUGAGCUUAGUCUUGUUUAACCCCAUCAUGUCAUCCAUUUUCUGAGCACUAAGCAAAACCACCUCAAAUUAUAACGAUUAGGUGGUUACAGCAAAACGUACAUUUUGUUUAUUUUGUAUGUAAUUCUGUGUUCCAUAGUAAUACAAAUCCAGGUUCAUUCCAGAA